AUGGAGCAACGUGAAAAGCCAUCAAUAACAACAAAUGAAUACACGCCUGGAUUUGCUAUCCGGAUAUUGCAUCUCACUCUGGUACGAGUGUAUGAAUCACGGGAGACGAUCGCCUAUACCACAACAAUCAUCUUGUCAACUUUACUCGGCAUCAUCCUUGAAGCGCUUAUUGCUAUCGCCCAUAGCCAUGCUAUCGAUGACGUACAACAAUCCGCAGGAUGGGUUGAACGUCCUAACUCACCCUUCAGUCAUCCUGAUCCGGAUAAUGGCUAUGUUUAUGUGCUGAUCAACUUGCAACGUCGUAAAGAUGAAAACGUCUUUUUUAUCCUUUUCCAUGUAUUCCAAUUUUACCUUGGCAUGGACUCUAUAGUGCGACAACGUGUGAUCCAACUUUCAGCACACAUCGUCAAUGAAUUUCUUUGUGUCAUCUUAGCAUUAGUGCAACUCAGUGACACUCUAAAGUGGAACCAUGGUGUAACACAAGUGGAUAAGCAUACAGGGAAGGAUACAAGGUUGGAUGACUUCCAUGUUGCCCUUCGAUACGAGAUCGCUCUAGCAUCCGUGAUGUUAGUUUUUACAUUGGUGUUUGCACUUCUCUGCUACAAGCUUUCUCGGCAGUUUGGCUGGAACACUUACAAACGUCUUGGUGCAGAUCCUAAGCUUCAAGCACGCUUCCGGCAUUGUCAAAUCUUUCUUUUGGUAUUGAAGCUGGAUGGAUUCUUUCAUAUUGUGUUUUCGGUUUUUUGGAUCGUUGUCAUGAGCCAAGAAGGAUACCAACAUGGUACACCAGCGGCAAUCGCAUGGUAUACUUUGCAUUUUCUUCUUACAGCACUACAAUUUGUCAUACCAUUUGUUGCACGACAUGCUAUUCGCUCUGAGCAACCCAAAUGGAUGAACGUUUUCCUUGUUGCGCAUGUCCUUGUGGUCACGGAUUUCGUCGUUGUUCUUCAACAAAGCGUUGGAUCAUGGGUGUUUUGGGUGCUUGCAGUAUGCUUGGCUAUCCUUUUAUCGAUCAUCACCAUAGUCUUGGCGAUAGUGGUUACACGAAAUUUUGGCAAGGGGCUCAAACCAUAUGUACAACGCUUAUUUGACAAGGAUUACCGUUACCGGUUUGACCCUGGAGCCAAUCCUACAUCUUCCAAACAAAAACAAGCCGAGAGCCGUACAUCUUGGGUCAUUGAUGAAAUCGAAGAAGAUGAUGUAGACAGCGAAUCGGGCAUUGUUGUACAGCGUUCUUUAGCCUGUCAUGGCAGCGGCGCCGAUAACGAUAACACCACGAUCCGGUAUCCGAGUCGAAGUUAG